CGUUUCGCACCAUUAGCAUUGUCUCCGUGUGCGUUUUUUUUCUUACACUUUUUUUAAGCCCCCUUUUUGUUCGCCACAAUGAUAACACAGUCGGGGGAGUGGCUCUAAAAAAUGGCCACCACUCAACACAGCUAACAUCCCAAGACGCAACACCGAUGAUUUGCCGAGCAUUCCAUUUUACGCAGAACAAGAGAUUAGCUGGAACACGGAGGAGACGAAAAAGGCACGCCCUUUCCUUCCUCAAUUUGGAAAAAAAAAAAUUACCACACCUCCUUUGUUUCCACAGUGAAGAUUGCGAAUACUGCAACAGUAUGGAAAAGCUGCUAACCAAAUUAAAGGAAGAAGAAGGGGUGAACUUUUUAAAAUUAGAAAUGUAUGAAAAUUCAUACAACUUUGAGUUGCUGCAGCAGCUGGAUUAUGAUAAUUUAUGUGGGGGGUUGCCUUAUUACUAUAACUUGAAGACGCACUACAAUAUUUGCGGCGCUACGACCUACCACAACUUGAGGAACUGGGCCUUGGACAAGAAGUGCAACCCCAAUGAGCCUCCCACUGAGGAAUUUUAA